AUGUCAACAAAACUAGAGACCCCCAACACAGACAUAGAAUGGGCUGCAUUCAUCUCGACCAUCAAAGAUGACCUCCCUGAAACGCACACAGUCUACCACACCCCUCUGCCCCAUGCAGUUGCCCACACAAUCGACCACACCCAAUUGGCUCUUUCUGCCACAUCCAGCGACAUCGACAAUUUAUGCACCGAAGCCCGUGAGUACAAAUUCGCAACCGUCUGUGUCCGGCUACCACAUGUGCCUCGCGCAGUCCACAAUCUAGCAGAUAUCAAAAACGAAGUCGGCGUAGCCUGCGUCGUAGGUUUCCAUGAGGGAACAUACCCCACCGCCGAAAAAGUGGCAGAAGCCACCAAAGCUGUGGCCGAGGGGGCUACAGAAUUGGAUAUGGUUCUCAACUAUCCCUUAUUAAAGCAGGGGAGAUAUACAGAAGUAUACAACGACAUCCUCGCCGUGCGUCACGCGGCACCAGCACCAAAGACAAAACUAAAAGUGAUCCUCGAGAUAUCCCAACUUUCGCGCGAUGAGAUCAUAGCCGGUAGCGCGAUAAGUGACAUGGCUGGCGCAGACUACGUCAAGACAUCUACGGGAUUCAAUGGUGCGGGCGCAAGUAUUGAGAAUGUUAGGCUUAUGAAAGAGGUAGUGGAUAUGUUGGCGAAUGGAUGCAAAGUCAAGGCUUCGGGCGGAGUCAGAUCGGCGGAAGACGCGGUUGAGAUGCUCAAGGCUGGUGCUGAUAGGAUUGGAGCUAGUGCUGGGGUGAAGAUUGUGAGGGAGUUGACGGGGAAUGCUUUGAGGCCGAAUGUGUCGACGCCUAUUGCUGGUGAUUAUUGA